AUUGAAUCUAAAGCGCCGAUCGAACGUAGAUAAGUUUCUCCAUUCGCCUUUUGCAGGUCUCGCAUCUGCGAUCUGGUUGUUCGAAUGGACCACAUGUGCCUGUAGCAAGGGAAUGCGCGUAAAAGGUGACAUCUAGGCUGCACAGGCUUCACACUCUUCGAAAGCUACGGCAACAUGGCGGCACAAGUAGAAUCUCUGUCCUCCUCGCGGGCUAUAACCGUCAGCAACCCUGACACCUCAUCGAAGCAUGUCUCGCCGCUGAAUCCAAAGGGAAUUAAGCCUUGUUGCGCUUGCCCAGAAACGAAGGCCGCGCGUGAUGAUUGCUUCUUCAACUUUGGCCACAGCGUCGAGGAGCACGGAGAGUCAGCGAAGAAAUGCGAAGAGCUCGUGCGGCGGCAUCGCGAGUGCAUGGCCAGCCUCGGGUUCAAGAUCUGAGCCGGCUGUGCCCGGUCCGACCAUCUUUAUGAUCAAUUGCUCUCUCAAAUGAUCAUGCUAAAGCUGUCACCACUCUUGCCGUCAAUCUCCAAACGAGCGUUUUCGAUUUGCCCGCGACUAUUUGCCUACUGAUACAGCUGCCAGCAUCACUAUUGUACAACAUGUCCAAGCAUUGCAAUCAACCCUCGUUCCUGUGCCCAGCU